AUGGACACCCAGGUAUAUGCUAAUGUGGAAGAGAAAACAUGUGACUCUAAAGAAGAGGUAAAAAGAAGCUUUGGUAUGGGAAAUCAAGAUGGAGCAAAGCAAGACGACAAGCCACCGCACGUCGCGAACCACCAUAGAUUCAGACUCGUCAAGCCCAGAUCCACGGAGCCACGUGACUGUCGGAGCCCCGCGCGGAGGAACUUGGAGUCAGCACCGGAGCACGACGUGUCAGUAGACCUCCCAUCCUUCGUGCUCGAUUCGUACUGGAAGAACAAUCGGCCGAUUCAUAAAAGUAAAGUGAAAUUAGGGAUAGAGAAUGGAGAAUGGGAGAUGAGGAUUGGAAAUUAG